CGAGGGAGCGCCCAGGAGAGAGGAGGUCUAAGAAAGGGGGGCAAGAGCAUGGUUUAGGGGAGCUGAGGAGAGGGCGAGGCCUGGCGUUAUCCGGAGGCCGCACUUUUGGGAAGGCGCUGCUGGGUUGCUUUCGGCUGAGGUGUUUGCAGUAGCUACCCUGCAGAAAAGAGAAAAUGAUGAGUGAUGCAAGUGAGAUGCUGGCUGCAGCUUUGGAACAGAUGGAUGGCAUUAUUGCAGGUUCCAAGGCUUUGGAAUAUUCCAACGGCAUAUUUGACUGCCAGUCCCCGACUUCUCCGUUCAUGGGGAGCCUGCGAGCGUUGCACCUCGUGGAGGAUUUGCGUGGCUUAUUGGAGAUGAUGGAAGCGGAUGAAAAAGAGGGAUUGCGGUGCCAAGUCCCAGAUUCGACAGCAGAAGUUCUGAUUGAAUGGCUACAGAGCCAAAUGACCAAUGGGCAUAUAUCCGCUAAUGGAGAUGUGUAUCAAGAGCGGCUUUCACGUUUGGAAAAUGACAAGGAAUCUCUUGUUCUGCAAGUGAGCGUUCUUACUGACCAGGUGGAUGCUCAAGGAGAGAAGAUCAGAGAUUUGGAGCUCUGCUUAGAAGAACACCGGGAGAAACUGAAUGCUACGGAAGAAAUGCUACAGCAGGAGCUCUUAAGCAGAACAUCUCUUGAAACUCAAAAGCUGGACCUUAUGGCAGAAGUUUCCAACUUGAAGCUCAAGCUGACUGCGGUAGAAAAGGACAGGCUAGACUAUGAAGACAGGUUCAGAGAUACAGAGGGUUUGAUGCGGGAAAUUAAUGAAUUACGCUUAAAAGUAGGAGAAAUGGACAGUGAGAGACUUCAGUAUGAGAAAAAGCUUAAGUCUACCAAAUCUUUAAUGGCCAAACUUUCUAGCAUGAAAAUCAAAGUGGGCCAGAUGCAGUAUGAAAAGCAGCGGAUGGAACAAAAAUGCCAAAUGUUAAAGGAAGAACUAGCAUCUUUAAAAGAUAAAUUAGAACAAAAGGAAGCAGAGAUAAAACGAUUGCAAGAGAAACUGGUUCUCCAGGUGAAAGGAGAAGGGGUUGACAUAAACGACAGAGAUGAAAAUUGUAAAAAGAAGCUCAAAGACAAAAAUAUUGAGGUGCAGAAAAUGAAGAAAGCUGUGGAAUCUCUAAUGGCGGCAAAUGAAGAAAAGGAUCGGAAGAUCGAAGAGCUUCGACAGUCUCUCAAUCGGUAUAAAAAAGUGCAGGACAUGGUGAUACUGGCUCAAGUCAAAAAAGGCAAGGAUGAUGAAUGCGAGGAGUCUGCAGAUUCAGGAUCUGUUUCAGUAGCCUUGUCAGAUGCACAGAAUCUAAAUGAAUCUGAGCAAAGUCCAUCUCCUACACCACUUACAGGCUCUCCAAACCAGGAAGAGUUUAGAACAACAACUCCUGAAGAGAAUUCACUACAGAUCCAUACUAGUGUCUUGCAAGUUUCCAUCCCCUCUUUUUCACCAUCAUGCAGACGUUCAGAAGAAUCUACUGAUAAAGUAAAUGCUCAGUCAAAGGUGGAAAUUGCAAGUGAAGUCAGUGAAAAACACGCACCGGUGGCUUCCAUUGAAGCACAGCUAAGUGAUACGAAGUUCAUGAAACGUCUUCAAGCAAGUUAUAUAGCACCAGGGAUUUACAGAAUUUUAACUUCAGCUCUGCAAAAAUCCAGCAGCUUGGGAAACUUGAAGAAAGAAGCAUCUGAUGAUAAAGAGUCGGGACAGAAGCAAGAGGAGAGCAAAGCACCCAUGGAGGGCAGCAAAUAUGGAACCCUCCCUCCUAAAUCUCCGGGUGAGGAAGAUGCCUUUGGGACCCGUAAAGCCCGGUCUUCAUUUGGGCGAGGCUUUUUCAAGAUCAAAAGUAACAAAAGGACAGCAAGCGCACCUAACUUGGCGGAGUCUGAAAAAGGAUCUGCAGACCACCUAGAUCUGGCUGGCUUGCCUCCUCGACCAAAAGGCACAGAAGGUGGGCCUCUGACUCCACCUUCUCCUGACUCUAAAAAGAAAGCCAGAGGAAUCAAGAAAUUAUUUGGAAGACUCAGAAGAAGCCAGUCUACCACGUUUAAUCCAGAUGACAUGGCAGAGACAGAGUUCAAAAGAGGAGGAACGAGAGCAACCGCAGGACCACGACUGGGCUGGUCAAGAGAUCUUGGGCAAUCAAAUAAUGAUUUGGAUAUGCCAUUUGCUAAAUGGACGAAGGAACAAGUUUGCAACUGGCUUCAGGAGCAGGGCUUGGGUUCUUACAUAAGUAAUGGCAAACACUGGAUACUUUCUGGUCAGACUCUCUUACAAGCAUCUCAGACGGAUUUGGAGAAGGAACUUGGAAUAAAGCAUCCGCUGCAUCGCAAAAAACUUCAGCUUGCGCUUCAGGCAUUAGGGUCAGAAGAAGAGAACAACCAUGGGAAACUGGAUUACAACUGGGUUACAAGAUGGUUGGAUGACAUUGGACUGCCCCAGUAUAAGACACAAUUUGAUGAAGGAAAAGUGGAUGGUCGAAUGCUCCAUUAUAUGACUAUUGAUGAUUUACUCUCUUUGAAAGUCGUGAGUGUCCUCCACCAUCUUAGUAUCAAACGUGCUAUUCAAGUCCUAAGAAUAAAUAACUUUGAACCCAACUGUCUGCGCAGAAGACCUUCAGAUGAGAAUAACAUCACACCAUCCGAGGUUUCGCAGUGGACCAAUCAUCGGGUGAUGGAAUGGCUGCGUUCUGUUGACCUUGCGGAAUAUGCUCCUAAUUUGAGGGGAAGUGGCGUUCAUGGUGGACUCAUGGUUUUGGAACCUCGUUUCAACGUCGAGACCCUGGCGCAGCUGCUUAACAUCCCACCAAACAAAACGCUGCUGAGGCGGCACUUGGCAACCCAUUUUAAUUUGCUAAUUGGUCAAGAGGCCCAGCAGCAAAAGCGUGAAGCUAUGGAAUCUCCAGAUUAUGUCCUUUUAACAGCGACAGCCAAAGUGAAGCCAAAGAAACUUGCUUUUAGUAAUUUUGGAAAUUUAAGGAAGAAGAAGCAGGAUGAUGGUGAAGAGUAUGUGUGCCCGAUGGAGUUGGGACAGGCAUCAGGAAUUGGAUCAAAGAAAGGGUAUAAGCCAGGUUUAGAUAUCAGACUGUAUGAUGAUGAUGAUCUGGACAGACUGGAGCAGAUGGAAGAUUCAGAAGGUACCGUGAGGCAAAUAGGGGCAUUUUCUGAAGGCAUCAACAACUUAACUCACAUGUUAAAAGAAGAUGAAAUGUUCAAAGACUUUGCUACACGUUCUCCUAGCGCAAGUAUAACGGACGAGGAUUCGAAUGUGUGACAGAAUCGGCGUUGGACACUUAGGUUUCUUGAUGCUGCUUGGAGUGCCGCUGUUGUAUGUGAUGGAGACUGGGCAUCAUAGGGUUGCUUUUGCUUCCGUUUGUAAGAAGUGAUAUUUUUCAGGGGGAUUAAUGAGGAGAAAAGGUACCUAUUCUAAAGUUGCCAUACAGUGGAGGAGAAAAACAGACACGAGUGAGGGAAAUGUGCAUUUUUCUCCCUAGUGUUGAAAUUUGUGACAUAUUUCAAAGUAUCAUUUUUAAUAUGAAUCUACUGCCAUAAUGUUCCUGCACGAAGGUGUGCCAUAACAUAUAUCUGUAUAUUUCUCUCUCUUUUUUCCAAAUAAUACAAAAGGAAAAAUACUCAAUCGCAGACCUCUGGAAUUAGCAUGCAUUGUAGAUAUAUCAACAGGAAAGAAACGAAAUCUGGAAUUCCUACGUUCCUAUUUGAAUGAACUUCUCAAAAGUAAAUAACCAACCACAUAAUCCCCAAAAUUGAAAUCCUGUUUGUCUUAUUUUUUAUACAAUUUUUAUUAAAAAAAGAAAAGAAAAGAAAAAUGUAUUGAGUACAUACAAAUGAGAAGUUUUAUAUUGUGAUAUUAAGGUGAUGACAUUUUUUUUUUUUUAAAAAAAAGAGAGAUUCCAGUUUGAAAACCAGCUGGUUACUGGAGAAGUCAGACUGACCUUUUAAAUGGCUUGCACCUCCCCACCCCCUUAAGUGAUGCCUGCAUUCUUACAUUAGGAAUGAAGAUAUUGAAAAUUGUGGUUCUCUUUUGCAACAUUAAAGCAUCUCUGAGCUGUCCGUUUUCCAGCUUUAAAAUGGAUUUUAAUAACAUUUUAAAAUUUUGUCAUUGCAGAUGUGACAUUGAAAAUGUUAUUUUGAGACUGAAAAACAACCUGUGACUUUGUGAGCAGAAGAUUUGUUCCCUCGCAUAUUCUGCAAUGGGAGGGUUCUUUAAAUUUAUACAGAAAGGAAUAUUAGCCAAGUCACUUUAUUUUGCAGUAUUAAAUUAAGAUAUGGAGUCUUGCCUUCUAAGUACGGUUGACCAUAAUGUAAUGUACUGACUGAUAUUUAUACUUGAUUUUUAUAAAGUACAACAUGUAUUGACUUUUUUUAAACUAUCAAACUUGUAAAAUUCAGAUUAGCCAGUGAAAAAAAUGGUCAAGCUUUCAAGAGAAUAUAUUUGACUUGUGUCUUUCUCUUCCCAGUCCUGAAAUACUUACAACUAUUUACUACUUGCAUAAAAGGAUAUUGCCGACAUUUCUUAAUGUACGGUUUGAAAGGAAUUGGUUCAACUGUAGAUACCUGUUUCAGUACUUCAAACAUUUUGGACCCAAACAAGGGCUUUUGCAGGAGUGUUAGGUUGGGCUUUUGGCAUGUGCUCAGGUACUAUUAGUAGUGAUUUUCAACUCAGAGCCAAUCUAUUCAUUCACAUAAAUUUCUUGGGUGGGUACCAUUUCAGACUGCUGGUGGGAAAUUAUUUCAAUGUUCCUCUAUAUAAGUCUCUCUGUCCAUAAAGAGCUCAUUUGCCAGAUGGUUCUUCUUCCUAACAUGCUAACUUUCUGCUUGCAAUGAGUUUUUUAAAAAGAAAAAUAUGGGUAAAUAUUCAAACAUUUGAUCCAUCAUCUGUAGUCUGAAAUGGAAUUCUCUACUAUGUGAUAUAUUUGCACAUAUAAAUUGGCCCCUGGACUGACUUCUUAAACUGAUGCUUGUCCUUAAAUGUGCUGCUUCUCACACAUUUAUUUACAGUUUGUCAAAAUAGUGAUACAAUGCAUUGUAUUGUGUUUUCUAUCAAGUAUUGAUAUCUGUAUCUUUAGGAAACCUAACCAUAAGAGCUUCACCAGUACAGUAUAUUCAGUACUGUCUAUUGAUAGUUAAUUCUGCAGAUGUCUUCAUGACCACUUCAUUUCAUCUGGUAUCUGAGCUAGUUUGAAUGAAUGCAGAUAGCAUUUGUGAUAGAAUUACUACUUUGUCAUUAACGGUGAAUAAAUGUAUUUAUUAAUUAAGGAGUUCACUUUCUGGGCCUGUUUAAAAAAAACCCACCUACCAUCAAACCCCAUAAGGUCACUUGGUAAAAAAUAAUACUAGUGCAUAUAUUAGGUAAAGAUAUGUCAUCUGCCACCUAGAAGCUGCCUUUGGUGUUCUGGUAAGCACUAAUUGCAAAUACACACGUAUUUGUAGAAUCAAACAACAGUGGAAAGAGUUUCUUUGUACCUAUUCAGAAUGUUGCACAUAUGAACCUCAUUACACUUCUCAUCAUUUUUUAAUUGUGAUGUAUUUGAAAAUUGGCUCAAAUUUGGUCAUCAUUUUGCUGGUUGGAAUAAUACUUCUUACUCUUAUUUCUGUGGGAUUGGGG